AUGACCUGCUCAGUCUUCUCCCACCUCGGGUUUGUUGGCUCUUUGAACGUCCUGCUUCUGAUGUUGGCAAGUUUGAGCUUGAGCAGUCCCAUCAGGUCUUUGAAGAACCAUCACAAGGUAUCAGCCAGGAGAGAUGUGGUUGAUAAUCAACUGUUUGAAGCGCAAGAUCUUCUGAGCCAGUUUCUGUCCACGAUAAACCUAACAGAGCUGAGGCCCCCACCUGGGCCCCGUGCUGCCCUUAAGGAGCCACCAGACUACAUGCUGGAGCUGUAUAACCGCUUUGCACACGACCGCACUGCUGUGCCCUCAGCCAACAUUGUGCGCAGCUUCAAGAAUGAAGGUACAAAUCAGUUUUCGUUCAAUACUAAAAGAAUGUAAUAUUUUGGAUAUUGUAUGAGACUAUAAUAACUUAAUGAUUGCAAUCUAAAUAAGUCUCUUGAAUUCUGGAGCAAACUGGAAUAUUUUAAUUACAACAAUUUAAGAGCACUUUUUGUGUACCCUUAAAAACAUAAACAAAAAAUCUCAUCACUAAAUGAGCAUUUUAAAUUUGUUCAGAUAAGUUUUAUUUUGAGCACUACAAACUUCAUAUAUAAUUCAUCCUUUGAUUUCAGAUCCCUCUCCCUACAGAACAACAUCCAGGGGUGUUAGGAUAUAUCCCCUGCUUUUUAACAUCUCCAUGCAUCACCAUGAGCACAUAAUGUUGGCAGAGCUUCGACUUUACACCCUGAUCCAGAGCACACAAAGACCGCAUGCAGGCAUUGACUGCAAGGUGGCCAUCUACAAAAUCAACGAGGACGCAGUUUGGACAAAAAAGGUGAGAAGAGAAGGUAGAGAGGAGGAUAACCAGGAGGUGGAAAUGGAUGACUUGGAGGAACUGGUGACAAAGCAUAUUCAUGCCAGAGAUAACAGCUGGGUGUCAUUUGACCUGACUCAUGUGGUUACACUCUGGAGGAAGUCAGGGUGUGCAACUCACAGAUUGGAAGUUCAUGUAACAAGUUUGGGGUCAGAGGUUGCAGAGGAGAGUGAGAGCUUGGGUGAGGUUGACAUCCCGAAGAGCUUGGAAGGGAAGCACAAUGCAGUGAUGAUUGUAUUCUCAGACGAUCAACGCAGAGAUCACAAACAGGAUGAACAAGAGUUAAAGCAGAUGAUCGAACAUGAAAAUGACCUUCCUGAAAACCAGAGCCGGGGCCAACAAACUCUCUGGCACCCCGAUCGUGCUGACCAGGAUGAACAGGACAAACAGUCUCUCAUUCAACUCCGGUCCAACCUUAUCUAUGACACACCUUCACGAAUCCGUCGCAAUGUUAAGAGCGAGCCGUGCAAGAGGACUCCACUCUUUGUGGAUUUUAAAGACAUCGGCUGGGAUACAUGGAUCAUCCAGCCUCUGGGCUAUGAGGCGUAUGAGUGCAAUGGCGUGUGCAACCCGCCCAUGACCUCCGAGGUCUCGCCCACUAAACAUGCCAUAGUGCAGACGCUGCUGAGUGUUAAGAGUCCGGAGAGAGCAUCGCGUGCCUGCUGUGUACCCACUAAACUAGAGCCCAUCUCACUCCUUUAUCAUGAUAAUGGAGUGAUCACUUUCAACCACAAGUAUGAGGGCAUGGUGGUGGCAGAGUGUGGCUGUAGAUAG